AUGAUAAAAAAAGUCAAAACUAUUGAAGAUCUAGCAGACCUAUCAGGGUUACCUGGGGUCUAUAUAUUCAAAGAUUGUACUAAAGGCGUUAUUUACGUUGGGAAGGCAAAAGAUUUAAAGAAAAGAGUCAGUUCUUACUUUAAAACUCAAGAGCCUGACUCAAAAAUUCAGCAUUUAAUUAAAGAACAUGCAAGCAUUGAUUAUGUUCAAACUAAAAAUGAAACAGAAGCUUUAUUACUUGAAGCUCAACUGAUUCGUCAGUUUCAGCCAAAAUACAAUACGUUAUUAAAAUCAGGAUCACCUUUUUUAUAUUUUGAAAUCACCUCUGAGCAGAUUCCUAAAUUGAAUCUGGUAACACAGCAAGCCAAUAAAAAAUCAAUUUAUUUUGGACCUUUUUUAUACAAAGCCAAAACUCGUCAUGUUUUCGAAUUUAUUCUGCGGAAAUUCAAACUUAAAAUCUGCAAACUAAAAAUCAAACAAGGAUGUCUCGAUUACCAUUUAGGUAAAUGCGCAGGAGCUUGUUUAGAAAAUUUUGAUCUUAAUGAUUAUAUGAUCAGAAUUGAGCUAGUAAAAAAAUUGUUGAGCGCAGAAUAUGAUGAUGUUAAAAAAUUUUUGCUUGAACAAAUUAAAAGUUAUAAUCAGCAACUUGAAUUUGAAAAAUCAAAAAAUAUCAAUGAAUACAUGGAAAAUUUAGAAUCCAUUUUUGAUACACUUGAUCUGGAUUAUUCUGAAGAAGAAGUUAUCAAAUUUGCUAAAAAAACUAAGGAAAAUAAUCAGGCUAUCGUCUUUAAAAAAGGGCUUGAAGAACUGCAAGUUUUAUUAAGUUUAGAAAAGCCCCCAAAAAGUAUAGAUUGUUUUGAUAUUUCUCAUUUUCAGGGUAAAUGGAUAGUCGGAUCGUGCAUUCGUUUUACCGAAGGAAUUCCUGAUAAAAAGAAUUUCCGCAAAUUCAAAAUCCAAACACUGAUAGAUCAAAAUGACUAUGCGGCCCUGCAAGAAAUUGUUACCAGGCGAUAUAGAAACAUUGAAGAUUUGCCGGACGUAGUUUUAAUAGAUGGGGGCAAAGGACAACUCAAUGCAGUAAAAGAUUUAUUUCCUCAAGCACAUUUUAUAAGCAUUGCCAAAAGAGAAGAAACCUUGUUUUCGCCAAAUUUUCGAAACGGUAUAAUACUAGACCCACAGACAAAUAUAGGCGCUCUUAUUAUUGCUUUACGUAAUUAUGCUCAUCAUUUUGCUAUCUUCUAUCAUAAAAAUUUUAGGGGCAAAACAUUCUUGGAUAGAUAG